AUGGCCGCCAAUAGCUCACCAGACCCCGAAAGCUUCACUCCACCGGCUCAUAUCCAGAGCAAUAGCGAUGUCGAAAAUGAUCCUCAGUCGCUAUCCAGUCCUACAUCCACCAGGCUACGCUUCCUUGCCCAAACUCCACCGCUCAAGACAACAACCACCUCAGCAGCACAGUCCGAAUACGGCAGCAGACGCAGCUCUUACAUCAUCCCGAUAGACCAGAUUCUCCCCGAAGAUCAUAUCGAUCCGGACACGUUUGGCGUGGCCGAGGAGCGAGAUGGCUUCUUUGACGCAUUAUUCCUUAAGCACACGCCGUUGAUGCCGCAAGGCUUUGUAGAACGAUCUAGGGCAUCGUUGCCCGCUGCUUUCGACGAAGAGUCGCCAUUGGCGGCUAAUCGGUUUAUUCCAAGACAGAUUCAAGGGGUUAAAUCGGUGCUCCGACGUGUCGCCACAACUCGAACCGGCAUUCGUCUCCUCAGAUCCUUUACCGCCUAUUUCGCAGCGUACAUUCUGUGCUUGAUACCGGCUGUCCGAAGAUGGCUUGGUCCAAUUCACUAUAUGAUUGCCGUCUCAGUCAUCUUGAACCACCCAGCAAGGACUUUGGGUGCGCAGGUUGAAGGCACCAUCUUUACCACUAUUGGGACAGCAGCCGGGAUUGGAUGGGGAGUUACCGGCCUCUUACUAUCGACAUCGACCUCUGCCGCCAGCAAUGGCUAUGGGGGUAUUCUGGCCUUAUUCUUGGCUCUAUUCAUGGCAGUCAUAGCAUGGAUACGGUCAUUUUAUGCGAGAUUCUACCAGAUGGUCGUGUGUGCAGGCGUAGCAAUCAUCUUCACUGUCUUAUCUCAGACUCAAGGACACAUUAUUGUGUGGGAGAAGCUGAGAAAUUAUGCUGUUCCUUGGCUCUUUGGUCAGGCCAUCGCACUGCUGGUAAACAGUACCAUCUUCCCUGACGCUGGUGCAAGACCGCUUGCUCUUAUUUUCCACAAUUCCUUUUCCCUCAUGCUGGAGGCAAUUGUGAUUCCACGUCCGCGAGACACCAGAUUCAGGCGCAGUCUUGUUCGCGCGUUUGUAGACCUGUCUGCUGCCAACCGUGAGAUGCGGUCCAGCCUCACCAUUACCCGAUUCAAGCCAGACGAUGUCAGAGACUUGCGAAACAUCAUGCAAGCCGUUAUCCGCGCGCUGCUGGCCAUGGAAACUGAGAGCGCCCUCUUCACGGAAAAGACUCCUGGUGUAUUGAAAGAGGCAGAUGUAACGCGUACAGUGAUUCGGAAACUGGCAAAGCCUACCAAAGAGAUUCUGGCUUGCAUGAACCUAGGGCUGCAGGCAAGCCAAGCUGCGUUGAUGGACCUCUCUGGCUACCGACAAUAUCUCGGCCCUCCAAUGGCCGUUUCAUCUGACAUUGCCCCCGUCCAAAUUCGAAUGAGGACUGCCAAAGCCAUCUUCGAUGCCGUCGAGUCAGAACUCCUUGAAUCGGGCCAGCUACCCUCAUCAUCAAUGAACGAUUCGGCCAUCGUCCAACUAUUCAUCUUUGCCAGACAUCUUCGCGAAACCGCAACCACAAUCGAAAGCCUCAUGGGCAAAGUAUACAACAUGCAACAAUGCUCCAACUGGCCACGGCCUCACCUACCGUCAUAUCCACUCCACAAAGCCGUCCACUGCGUCAACCCUCAAGUUACCCAUGACAGAGGCGGAGCCACAGCCGGAUCAUACCAUGUCACGUUCCUUCAAAUUGCUCAUGCUCUAGAAUCAAUCAAGUGUCGAGAAUACAAACCUUUGGAGAAAUACGAAGACGACAUCUCUGAGACAGAAUUACACGCCGAACUGACGCAUCUCACGGAUCCUGGUGCGCCGCCCGAUCUAGGGACCAAGAAAAACAGCGUGAGCUACAAAAUCUGGCAGGUAUUGCACCUUUUACAAGGCUAUGAGAGCCGAUACGCCUUCAAAACCGUCUUGGUCACGUCUCUUCUUGCAAUUCCCUCUUAUCUCAGCUGGGACAAGGUUUGGUGGGAUGAAUACGAAGCUUGGUGGGCCGUUACCAUGAGCUGGCUGCUUAUUCACGCCCGUGUAGGCGGCAAUGUACAGGACCUGAUUGCUAGAGCUGUCCUGGCUAUAUUAGGUGCCGUAUGGGCAGGGAUUUCACAUGCCGCGGGAGAUGGAAAUCCCUACGUGGUUGCAGUAUUUGCAGCUAUUUUCAUGAUACCCAUGCUCUAUCGAUUUACGCUGAGCUCCCAUCCGAGAUCUGGACUCGUUGGUUGCUUGUCUUUCACAGUCAUUUCACUCCAGCUCCAGGCCGGCAAUCUCCCUUCCUCAGCAGCUCUAACCACCGUCUACCGAGGCGUCGUGUUCCUCGUUGGCACAACUGCACCCAUCGUGGUCAACUGGUGUCUAUGGCCAUUUAUCGCAAGACACGAGCUCAGGAAAUCACUCUCUUCAAUGCUCUUCUUCCUGAGCAUCAUUUACCGAAACGUCGUUGCAAAAUACAUUUACUUCGAAGAAGGCAAAGAGCCCACCCCAGAAGACAUCGUCAACUCCGAAAUCCUCGAAGGCCGCAUCAGAGAAGGCUUUGUACGAAUCAGACAGCUCCUCGUCAUGACCCGUCACGAAGUCCGCCUCCGCAGCCCCUUCAACCCCCUCCCAUACUCCGGCCUAGCAGACUCCUGCGAACGCUUCUUCGACUACCUCAUCGCCGUGCGCCAAUCCGCCGUCUUCUACAACCCAGACUACAUCCGCGACGACCCCGUCGCCGCACAGCGCCUCCUCGGCUUCAGGAGAGAUGCCGUAGCCUCCAUCUUAGCUAACCUGUACAUUUUCGCCGGAGCUCUCAGGGCGGACCGAAAAGUCCCACGCUACCUCCCCAGCGCCGCCGCAGCAAGAAGAAAACUCCUCCUAGAAACCGCCGCCGUGGAAGACGAAAUGGCGCAGCACAGCCACGAGAGCGACGUCCGAUGGCACAAGAAGUGGAGCGACAUAUACAGCUACUCGUACAACGAGAGUCUCACAGGCUGCGUGGCCCAACUGGAAGAACUAGAGAGGUUCACCAAGUUCAUCGUCGGCGAGCAAGGGUUUGAUGAGGAGUGUAAGUUAGGACAGCAUUACGAGGAUGACACCGAAGAGGAGGAAGUAGAAGAGGAAGAACAAGAAGACCACGAACACGACCAAGAUGAAGACAAUGAUGAUCAACACUCAAGACGGACGGAAUAA